UUCCUCCCUCCUUCUCUCCCUCCAAGACGCAAUCCCAAAAACCCUUCCGAAACCAAUAUUUGGAUCCAAAAAAACGCUCGCUUCAUCCAAUUUUCAAAUUUCUACCCCGCCACACUCUCUUUCCCAUUUUCUUAAAUCUUAACGGCUUUGUCGUCUUCAUCAUCAUCUCUCUCUCUCCUCAAUUCAUCCCUCUCGCUCUCUCUCUCUCUCUCUUCCCUCCAAAAUUUUGAAUUUCCAGAUCCAUGGCUUCUUCCUCAGAUCCUCCUUCUUCCAGACACCACACCUACGACCGUAAACAAAAAUCCCUCGGCCUCUUAUGCACCAAUUUCUUGAGCUUGUACAAUCGAGAUAACGUUCAUUUAGUCGGUCUCGAUGACGCUGCCGCCAGAUUAGGGGUUGAGAGAAGACGGAUCUAUGAUAUUGUCAAUGUUUUGGAGAGCAUUGGGGUUCUUGCAAGAAAGGCCAAGAACCAAUAUACGUGGAAAGGCUUUGGGGCGAUUCCUGUUGCCUUACAGGAGCUCAAGGAAGAGGGUUUAUGGAAGAAUUUCAAUUCACAAGAAGGUGGCAAUGAAGAUAUAAAGAUAUCGGAUGAAGAUGAUGAGGAAGAAUCAUAUUCCCAACCCAAUGGAAGUCAGACUGAAUCAUUAUCGUUAUCCCAAACCAAUGGAAGUCAAACCAAUGGAAGUCAGAGUGACAGUCUGAACCCUAAUUCUUGUUUUCCCAGAUCUUUGAAAAAUGAUAGAAGAGAAAAAUCUUUGGCGCUGCUUACUCAGAAUUUCGUCAAGCUUUUUGUCUGCUCUAAUCUGGAAAUGAUAUCCCUUGACGAUGCUGCGAGGUUGUUGCUUGGAGAUGCAUAUAAUUCAUCAACAAUGAGAACAAAAGUUAGACGCCUUUAUGAUAUUGCAAAUGUGCUAACCUCCAUGAACCUUAUCGAGAAGACGCAUACUACUGAUACACGAAAACCAGCAUUCAGGUGGCUAGGCUUGAAAGGGAAGACAUGGAACGAGGCAUCACUUUACAAUUCAAAUCAAAACGAGUCCAAAAAACGUGCAUUUGGAAACGAUGUCACAAACAUUAGCUUUGCGAGGAAUAGAACUGAUUCGUUCAUUUCUGGAGACUUCAGCCAGAGCUUUAAGAAGCAAAAGACAAUGGAAAAUGAUAGCGGGCUUGGUCAGGAAGAUAAAAAGCAGACUUCAACGAACUAUCAAUUCGGUCCUUUUGCUCCGGCCUUCGUAUCGAAAUCCGGAACUUCUGAGAAUACUAAAGUGAAGCAGGUGCAUGAUUGGGAGAGUCUAGCAUCUGAACAUUCCCCUCAGUAUCAAAAUCAAGCUUUGAAAGAACUUUACUCACACUACAUGGAAGCAUGGAAAUCUUGGUACUCUGAAGUUGCUGGGAAGAGGUCAACACAAGUUUUGUAACUUAUAAAUCCAACAAAAUCAAAUAAAAUAGCUUUUUCCAAAAGAGAUUGUCCACUGUAAGAUGCAUUCUAGAUGAACCAACUUAGAGCUAUAAUUUACGGUUUUUUCUUCUUUCAUGGCCUGAUAUCAGAUUGGGCAAUAUUUGGAAAUUCUAUAUCACACCUGUUUAGUGUUUAGCAUAGAGUUUCAACCCAUCUCUUGUGUUCAGCUGUUAAUUUAAGAAACUCUUAAAUAAUUUAUUUAUAAAGAACAAGGUGGUUCUUUAUUUCAUUUUUCUCAA